UCCCAAAAAUUCCCUCUCAUCUUCUCUCCUCCCAAACAGAAAGGAAAAUGGAUUCUCAAUACCCGACCCGGAGAAGCUCCCUUUACCCGGAAGUGAUCCAAACAAACCCCGGUAUCCCUCAAUACUCUUCUUCUUCUUCUUCCAAUAAUCUUUACCCUACCAUCGACAAGCAUGAUUUCGUCGAUAACCUUUUCCCGGACUAUCCUCAAUAUUCCGUUAGACACCGUAACGACCACUCAGCUCCGUCUUUUGCACCAACGGCUGAGUCUUUUCAAUAUUCCGUCAGUCACCAUAACGGUUACUCAGAUCCGUCUUUUGCGCCAACGGCACCGUCUUUUGAAUAUUCCGUUAGCGGCCAUAACGGUUACUCAGAUCCUUCUCCUCCUUUAGCGCCAACGGCUCCACCUGAAGUCGUGGAGGAAGUUUUAAUCAAAAUCCCUGGCGCCAUCGUGCAUUUGAUCGACAAAUCGUACAGCGUCGAGCUUGCUUGCGGCGAGUUCAGCGUGAUCCGUCUCUGGCAGGAUAACGAAAUCGUAGCUGUACUCGCGCGCGUGGCUGAUGAAAUCCAAUGGCCGAUAACGAAACAGGGAACGUCAGUUAAACUUGAUGAUUCUCAUUAUUUCUUCUCGCUUCAGUUUCCUAAGGAAGCGGAUUCAAUUGAGGACGGUGAUAGGAAGGUUAAGAAAUCCGAUGACGACGGCUCUGAUUUGCUUAGUUACGGUUUGACGAUAGCUUCGAAAGGACAGGAAGAUUUGUUGUCGCAGUUCGAUGUUAUAUUGCAAUGUUAUUGUUGUUUUACGGUGCAGAAAGUAAAUGAAAAAGGGGAGGAGGUUUUAGAUGGAGCGGUGUCUGCCGCGAAGAAUACGUCGCCGGAGGAUUUGAAUUCCGGAAGCAAGAAAGAAGCGAUGGAGGGGAAAUGCGCGGCAUAUUGGACCACGCUGGCGCCUAAUGUGGAGGAAUAUAGUGGGAAAGCUGCUAAGAUGAUUGCGGCUGGAUCAGGGCAGUUGAUCAAGGGGAUAUUGUGGUGUGGGGAUGUGACAGUAGAUAGACUGAAUAGAGGGAAUGAGGUAUUGAAGACCAGAAUGACUCCGGCCGAGAAGGAUGCUGAGAUUAGUCCGGAGACAUUGAAGAGGAUACAGAGGGUUAAGAAGGUGACAACAGUGACACACAAAGUAGCUAAAGGGCUUCUGUCUGGGGCUGUGAAAGUUUCUGGAUAUUUCUCGAGCUCAGUUGCAAACUCAAAAUUGGGAAAGAAAAUUUUUAAGCUCCUACCCGGAGAAAUGGUUAUUGCUACCCUGGAUGGAUUUGAUAAAAUUUGUGAUGCUGUUGAAGCAGCUGGGAAAAACGUGAUGUCAACAUCAUCCACUGUGACGACUGAAUUUGUCAACCAAAAGUAUGGAGAAAAAGCAGCUGAGGCAGCUAGCGAAGGGCUUGAUGCUGCAGGGCAUGCUGUGGGAACAGCAUGGGCUGCAUUUAAAAUCCGAAAGGCACUAAAUCCCAAAAAUUCUUUUAAAGCUACCGUGCUAGCCAAGGCUGCUGCUAAGGCUACCGUUGAAGAGGCAAAGGCAAAGGGAAAGAAGUGAUUGCUUUCAAAUACCCAUUCUUCAAAUUUGUAAGUUAACAAGAAAACUGGCUAUAAUCCCUAUCUCCCUAAGCUUCAUAUAUUAUCAAUACCUGUUGUUGCUUAUUUAUAAUAUUUGUACAUAUUUUCUCUAUUAGUGGCAAGAAUUAGAAGGCUUUAGUCUGGUUGUAGUAAUGAUAAGUUAUGAAGAUUUGAAAAAUCAUCAGAUUCACCCUUGAA